GGAGCCCCGACACCCGGCUGGAGAGAGGCGGCCCAAGGCUUCGCGACCCCUCCAGUCCACGUGUCCGGGAAGUGAUUCCUGGCUUUGGAGGACACUGUGUCUGUUUUGAGCUUAGUGAUCAUGGCCGCUGCCUCCCCUCUGAGGAACCUGGAGGAUGAAGUGCUGUGCUCCAUCUGCCUUGAUUACUUGAGAGAACCAGUGACCAUUGACUGCGGCCAUGUGUUCUGUUACCACUGCAUCAUUAAGGUCUGUGAGUCUUCCAGACAGCCAUUGUAUUGUUCUCUCUGCAAGACAGUUUUUAAGAAAGAGAACAUCCGCCAUGUGUGGCAGAUGGCCAGCCUGGUGGAGAACAUCUGGAGGAUGAAGGUAGAAGAGGAAAGACAACCCCGCGAAGAAAGACCACCUGAGCAACGAGCAGAGAACCUGUGCAGGCGGCAUCUGGAAAAGCUGCAUUACUACUGCAAGGACGACCAGCAGAUCCUGUGUGUGAUGUGCCGGGAGUCGCGGGAGCACAGGCACCACGCUGCGGUCCUCCUGGAGAAGGCUGCCCAGUCCUGUCGGGGGAAAAUUCUAAACCAUCUGAAGAUUCUGAAGGGAGACAGGGAUAGAAUUCAGAAUUUUCAGUCUACAGGAGAAGAUGAGAUUCAAGCUCUGUUGACCAAAUUCCAGAACCACAGGCAAGACAUUGUGUCAGUAUUUGAACAGGGCCAUCAAUUCUUGAGAGAAAGGGAGCAGUACCUGUUGGACUUGCUGGUGGGGCUGGAGCAGGAACUCAUAGACGGGAGGAACAGCCAUAUCACUAAAGGCUCUGAGGAGGUGGUCCGGCUUGGGACCCUCAUUUCUGAGUUAGAGAAGAAAGUCCGGCAGCCAGCACUUGAACUUUUGCAGGACCCAGGUGAUAUAAUGAGCAGGUAUCCCCGGAAGAAGUUCUGGAUUGAAAAGCCUAUCAGCCCUGCAGUCAAAAAGCGGGCAGAAGAAUUCUCUGAUAAGUUUCUUUCUCUAGAGAAAGGACUGAGAGGAUUCCAUGGAAAGUUGAUGAGGGAUCUGGAAUAUAAAACAAUGAAGAUCGUCCUGAAUUCUCAGACAGCCAACGGCUACCUCCUAGUGUAUCCCAAUGGGAAGAGUAUGAUAUUCACUGGCUUGUGGAUAAACAAAUACCAACGCGGUCAGCGGUUUGACCCUGAGCCUGGUGUGCUGGGCAGUAAGGGCUUCACAUGGGGGAAAGUGUAUUGGGAAGUGAAAGUGGACAGGAUCUGGUGGGGAGAAGAGGAGGAGGAAGCAAUGAAGUUCAGGGCUGGAGCCAGAGGUAUGUUUGGCAGUAGCUGUCUUGGUGGGUUCCUAGGUAUUGCUGAUGGCUAUGCGUCUCCUGUGUAUAGAAAUGAGAGUGAAGAGUUGGAGGAAGAAUGGUCUCAGGAGACUGGAAUAUGGCCUAAAUUCUGUUUGGUGGGGGUGGCCAGAGAGUCAGUGGUGAGAAGAGGGUCUCUCAGCUUCACUCCUGAGGAGGGAUUCUGGACUCUGCAGCUGUCGUCAGCAGGAGUCUGUAUUUGUACCAGCACUGAACCCUUCCAGAUCCUGUCCUACUGUCCAAGGCAGAUUGGCAUUGCCCUGGAUUAUGAUGGAGGGAAGGUGACCUUUACCAACGCGAGAACUCAGGAGUUUAUCUACGAAUUCUCAUCUUCCUUCACUGGGAGGAUUUUCCCUUUCCUGUGGCUUAAUUGCACGAGAUCCAGACUUACCCUGAGACCCUGAGAGGAGACCUCAUGAACACUGUCUUUGGGUCCUUUUUUUUUCUUUUUCUUUUUCAUUUAUCCCUUAUCCCCCUACAUUAGCCCCAAACCCAUUCAUUAACUGGCUACCCUGCCCUGCCAGUUUCUGAAUCCCUUUAGCUAGAUUGGAGCAGGAUGGCAGGAGUCUCAUGCCAUUUCUGCAUUGUCUCCAAACUGGAAGUGUUGUUAAUACUUGAUGUGUUUUAUCUAUGGUGCAAGAGUUGUAAUGUCUUUGAAGUAUUUAUUAAAAUGUGUGCUGCUGUUAAUCGUUUUUUCUAUUGCUUUCUUUGUCCUUAUCU